AUGAAUGGGCGGGGGCCUCGCUUCCAAGCUGACUCGCCCGCAGGCCCGGUGGGCAGUCCUGGCUGUUGGCAGCAGGCUUCCGCCCUGUGUCCCGUGGGCCGCUCCGCAGGACUUCUUGAGCGUCCUCGUGACGUGGUGGCUGGCUGCCCCCAGAGGGAGGGAUCCAGGAGAGCGCAAGAAGCAGCCAGUGGACCGGAGCCGCGGACAGACACGGGCGGGGGGCACCCCCGGGACCUAGUGGACAGUGCUGCUUGCUGGCCGCCGGCCCGGGGUCCUCCCUCCUGCUCGGGGGAAGGCUGGGUCCACCGGACCGCCCGUGGGCACAGCGUGGACGCCUCAGGCCACGUGGCUAACUGGCCGGGGACCCCCCCCCAGCAGGGGGGCUGCCUAGAGACCCCGAGCCCACAGCCCUGCUCCCCGCAGGCCUUGCGCCAGCUGCGCCGCCCCCCGCCCAGUGCAGGCAUCGGUUCCAGAACCCUCUCCGCGAGUCUGGCCCUGCCCUCCAGAGAGCUGGCUGUUUGUGCCGGGCCGGCCUCGGCCACCAGGGGGCAGGUACACAGAAGCUUCGGGAUAUCCCAGACCCGAUGCUCCACCAUGUCAGGAACUAGCCCCUCCGCCAGCGAGCUGACACCAGCUCCGGGGUCCCUGAGCCACACAGGACCCCAGGAGGGUCUGCUGGCUCUGCCUGCCAGCAGUCUGGAACUUACCCCAAGUCCUGCCUUCACCCGCCAACAGAAGCACCCAGCUGCUCCGUCGUGUCACGGAAGAUGCAAGACUAAACAGCAAGAUGAGCAAGCCUGCGCCUCCAGGGUGGUGCUGACAUUGUUGCGUGAGUCUCGUGUGCCCAGCGUGCUCUCCCUGCGGAGGGCCGGGUCUCCCAGCACUCUGUCUGCUUUCCCCGAGCCCGAUGCAGUCUUAGCACCAUCAGCGACACGGGCAGUACAGUUUCUGGGACAACGGUACAGAAGACGGAGCGUAAACGUCUGA